AUGCAAAGCUAAUUUUUAGAAGAAUACAAAGUCAUAUAAUAAAUGUUAGCUUCAUAAUAUUCUAACGUAUAAAUUAUAAAAUAAAUAUUAGAUUUAUUAAGUAAACAAUAUUAAGGAUAAAUAAAAUUACACAUUAAAAAUUUCUUAAAAAUAAUAUUCAUCAUUAGUGUUACAUGAGAAAGAAAUAUUGAAAGACUUGAAUUUUCCAGAAAUUAUAAAAUUUGUAGAUCUAAAGUAAGAUGAAUAAUAUUCAUACAUUAUUUUUGAACAUUGCGAAUGUAAAAUUAACAUAAAAUGAUUAUUAGAAACACUUGAAUAAUUUUGGAAUUAAAAUGCAAAAAAAUUCUCUGAAAAUAUGGCUUUAAAUAUAUUUAUAUAAAUUUUAAAUGGAUUAGAAAUUUUGAGUAAUAAAGAGAUUGUUCAUGCAGAUUUAAGUAUGAAAAAUAUAUUUAUGAAAUAAUUUCAUAUAAAAAUAGCAAAUUUUGAAUGUUCACAUUUGAAUAAAAGAGUAUUUUAUUAUAUAUUUAUUUAGUUUUUAAUAAAAUUAUAAAGUUAUGGAUAUGCUGCUCCAGAAUUGUAUAGCCCAGCACAUCUUACUUCAAAAUCAGAUAUAUUUUCACUUGGUUGUAUAUUAUUUGCUAUGAUUUUUGGUUAUUACCCUUUUAAUUAAGAAAGUGGUGGUGAUUAUCUAGUAUCGAUAUAAAAAAGUAUAUUUAAUAGAAUUGAAAUAAGCUUAACUUUAAAUGGAUGAAUCGAUAAAAAAUUCUAUAAGUCCAUUUAUUAUAAAAUUAAUCUAUGAAAUGGUUUAAUAUAAUCCUAAUUAAAGACCAGAUAUAUAAGAGAUAAAGAAAAUUUUAGAAUCUAAUAAAAAUAGUGUAUUUUAAAGUGAAAAUAAUACUAAUAUAUUAUAACCUUAAUAAGAUCCUUAGCUUUGGGGAAUUGUUCAUAAGAAAAUUUUUGAAACUGAAAAUUUUACAGAAGCCUAUCUUUAAAAUGUUUUUGAUAAUAUUAUGUAUUUUUAUUAAGUAGCAGAAAAUUUUGGAGGAAAGAAAUUUUUCAAUUGGAAAAAAACAAUGUUUCCAAGAUUUAUGUUAUAUAAAAGAAGCUACUGUGAAUUAAUUAAUUUUAGUAAAGAAGUUAGAGAAAAAUGUCAAUUAGAAACAAUAAAAAAGUAAUUAGAAAAAUAUGAUAAAACAAUUAAGAGAUUAAAAUAGGUUUUAGAUUAAAUUUUAUUAAUGUUAUAGUAUAAAAUAAUAUUAUAAUUUUUUUUAGGAAUUAAAAAGAAUACAAUUAUCCAAUUAGUUAAUGGGAAUUAGAACUAAAUACAAAUGAAACUUAAUAAUUUUUUAAUAGCUAUCAUAAAGCAAUUUAGUUUUUAAUAGAUUAUUUUAAAAAAUCAUAAAUUCCAUAUUCAAAAUAAUAAUAAAAUGGGUAAUAGAAUUUGAAAGAUAUGUUAAUUCUAUUUAUAAAUGUUUAAGUUUGUUAAACUAUGAAUCCAUAUCAUUAAAAUUAAUAAAUAUAAACAGAUUUAUAAGAUAAAUCAAUUGAAUAUCUUCUGAAUAAAUCUGGAUUUUGA